ACUACAAUCUUUGCCACCUCUUCAAAAAAUCUUUGCCACCUCUUCAAAAAUCAACCCUUUCAUCAUAGUUUCUUCCGUCCCCAAAAGUGUCUAAAAAGCCACACAAAAGCCAAGUCUUAAGGACAUUAGCCGCACAUAAUCUUCUACAACUCCUCAUUUUCCUCCAACACACACACACACAGAACUCAACAAUGGCUGCCACCACUGCUGCUACCUUCACCCUCUCAAAACUCCUGAAAUCCUCAACCCCAAAACACCUUUCUCUUCUUUCCCCCCAAAAAUCCAAUCUUUUCACCUCCUCUUCCCAUUUCUCUCCUCUCCCACUCAAAUUCAAACAACCCCUCCACCCCUUACACUCUCUCAAACACUCCACCAUUUCAAGAAUCUCUGCAACCAUAUCCGUUGGUGACAAACUCCCCAACUCAACACUUUCAUACUUCGAUUCAUCCGAUGAGCUCAAGACCCUUUUAAUCUCUGACCUCACCAACGGCAAAAAGGUUGUCCUUUUAGCUGUCCCUGGUGCAUUUACACCAACCUGUUCCCAAAAACACCUUCCUGGUUUCGUGGAAAAAUCUAAGGAACUUAAGUCAAAAGGGGUUGAUACAAUUGCUUGUAUUUCAGUCAAUGAUGCAUUUGUGAUGAAAUCUUGGAAAGAGAAUUUGGGUAUUAAUGAUGAGGUGAUGAUGUUGAGUGAUGGGAAUUUGGAGUUUACUAAAGCUAUAGGGUGUGAACUUGACCUUAGUGAUAAGCCUGUUGGGCUUGGUAUUAGGUCUAGAAGGUAUUCUAUGCUUGUUGAAGAUGGGGUUGUUAAAAUCUUGAAUUUAGAGGAAGGAGGAGCUUUUAAUGUUAGCAGUGCUGAGGAUAUUCUCAAGGCUCUUUAGAAGGUUUUUAAAUUUCUGAGGCUAAUUCUUGGUUUUUAAGUUUUACUUAAUACUGAAUAAUACACUUGUUUUUAGGAGAUUAUGAAGCUUAGUUAUAAUUCUGGUUAUUUGGAA